CUCCCGCCACACAGCCAGGCAGCUGCGCCCGCCACAUCCUCGAGUAUAAAACCCCCCACACUUCCCCUCCGUCUCACUUCUGCCUUGUGUCUGAAUCCUCCACGUCGGUCGAAGGACAAACAGACAAAAUGCGUGAGUGUAUUUCUAUGCACGUCGGCCAAGCCGGAGCCCAGAUGGGCAAUGCAUGCUGGGAGCUGUACUGCCUGGAGCAUGGGAUCCAGCCGGACGGACAGAUGCCCUCAGACAAGACCAUUGGGGGAGGCGAUGACUCCUUCAAUACCUUCUUCAGUGAGACUGGAGCAGGGAAGCAUGUUCCCAGGGCAAUCUUUGUUGACCUGGAGCCCACUGUUAUUGAUGAAGUACGCACAGGAACGUACCGUCAGCUGUUCCACCCUGAGCAGCUGAUCACAGGAAAAGAGGAUGCUGCGAACAACUACGCCCGUGGACACUACACCAUCGGCAAGGAGAUCAUUGAUCUGGUUCUGGACAGGACCCGUAAAUUGGCUGACCAAUGCACUGGCCUUCAGGGCUUCCUGAUCUUUCACUCCUUCGGUGGAGGAACUGGCUCUGGUUUCACCUCCCUACUGAUGGAGAGACUCUCUGUUGACUAUGGGAAGAAAUCUAAGCUUGAGUUUGCUGUCUACCCAGCACCCCAGGUUUCCACAGCAGUGGUUGAGCCCUACAACUCCAUCCUGACCACUCAUACCACCUUGGAGCACUCUGACUGUGCCUUCAUGGUGGACAACGAGGCCAUCUACGAUAUCUGCCGCAGGAACCUGGACAUCGAGAGACCAACCUACACCAACCUGAACAGGCUCAUCGGCCAGAUUGUGUCCUCCAUCACAGCCUCCCUCCGCUUUGAUGGAGCUCUGAAUGUCGACCUGACCGAGUUCCAAACCAACUUGGUGCCAUAUCCCCGUAUCCACUUCCCCCUGGCCACCUAUGCUCCGGUCAUCUCUGCUGAGAAGGCCUACCAUGAGCAGCUGUCUGUGGCCGACAUCACCAAUGCCUGCUUCGAGCCAGCCAACCAGAUGGUGAAGUGCGAUCCUCGUCAUGGUAAAUACAUGGCCUGCUGUCUGCUGUACCGCGGCGAUGUGGUGCCCAAAGAUGUCAAUUCUGCCAUCGCCGCCAUCAAGACCAAACGCACCAUCCAGUUUGUGGACUGGUGCCCCACAGGCUUCAAGGUGGGCAUCAACUACCAGCCUCCCACUGUGGUUCCUGGAGGAGACCUGGCCAAGGUGCAGAGGGCUGUGUGCAUGCUGAGCAACACCACGGCCAUCGCUGAGGCCUGGGCCCGACUGGACCACAAGUUUGACCUCAUGUACGCCAAGAGAGCCUUUGUGCACUGGUAUGUUGGAGAGGGAAUGGAAGAGGGAGAGUUCUCCGAGGCCAGAGAGGAUAUGGCUGCCCUGGAGAAAGAUUAUGAAGAGGUUGGCACUGACAGCAUGGGAGACGAGGACGAAGAGGGGGAGGAGUACUGAAGGGUUACACGUUCCAAAAAAAAAGUUAAGACACAUUCCCAGCAACAAUGUGAUUGUCUGUGGUGUUAUGUCAGUGUUAAAUGCAGUUCUGUUACCUGAACUUCAAUAAAAGUUCUGUUGAACCAUUCA